AUGAACCGAAUCCUUUCUGUCGAUGAGUCCCUGGGCUAUGCGGUCGUUGAGCCGGGCGUCACCUUCCAGAUGCUUAAUGAUGAGCUUCAGCGACUGGGGGAUCGGCUGAUGAUUUCAACCACCUCUGGUCCGCCUCAAGGGAGCGUACUUGGUAACGCGCUGGAAAAGGGGGGUGGAUAUGGAGUCUUCUCGGACCAUUUUUCUGCGCUUUGUGGGAUGGAAAUUGUGCUUGGAAACGGUGAACUGAUGCGUACGGGUGACGGUAGCCUGAAUGAAGAUGAGUGCCCGAACUGGCACUUGAGCAAAUACAGCUUUGGUCCCAUCCUUGACGGCCUGUUUGCUCAAUCCAGUUACGGCGUUGUGGCAAGGGCCGGCAUUUGGCUCGCGCCUCGACCUCCGGCAGUUCGUACCUUCCAUUUCGCCUUUGAGGCGGACGACGACCUUGGCAUUGCCAUUGAUCUGCUCAGGCCAUUAAAGCUCAAUAACUUUGUACCAAGUUUGAUGCGUGUGAUGAACGACAUGUACCUGAUUGGUGCCGAGGAAACAAACCCCGAGUUCUCGGCAUCUCAAGGCAGGAAGUCCAUUUCCGAUCAAGGCCGGGCGGAGCUCCGCAAGAAAUACGGAGUUGGAUCGUGGAACGUAUCCGGGGCAUUUUAUGGUGCGAGUUUUGCCGCUUUGCAGCCCCAGAUAGAUCGAAUUCGCAAGCAUUUCGAGCAAUCCGGCAAGGCGCGAUUUAUUGAUCACGACGAGGCAAAGACCCUGGCAGGCUUUCAUCCUGCAAUCGAUGCUUUUAACGGAAGACCAAGCACUCAUGAAUUGGGACUGCUCAAGUGGCGACCCGGUGGCGGCAACCUUUGGCUGACACCUGGCACUCCGAUGAUUGGCUCAGUGAUGAAUGACUGCCAGAAGGAAGGGCGAGCGAUAUACGAGAAGUACGGCAUGGACUACACAGUCAUGAACGUCGCCAGCGGCCGCUUUGCACGCGGACUCCACAACAUGACGUUUAACCGCGAAGACCCAGAUGAGUGUGCGCGUGCAGAUGCAUGCUACCGGGAGUGCUCUGAUGCAUUUCGUAAACGCGGGAUAUCUGUUGGACGGGCCCCUACCCAAUAUCAGGACUUUCACAUGGAGUCCCUCAUGCCUUCGUUUGUAAAAGCCUGUCGAGACCUGAAAAAUGUCUUCGAUCCCAACUCCAUUCUUUCCCCAGGUCGCUAUGGUAUCUAA